AUGGCGACAGAUACAAAAUUCCAAGGAUGGCUCGGCAAGGACGAGGAGAGUGUCAAGGGAAAGAUGGAGUGGGGUCAAUUUGAACCUAAAAAGUGGACCGAAGACGAUGUUGACAUUGAGAUCUCUCACUGCGGUAUCUGUGGAUCAGACUUGCACAUGUUGAAAUCUGGCUGGGGCCCUACACCAUAUCCCUGCGUCGUCGGUCACGAGAUCAUCGGCAAAGCCGUCAAGGUUGGCAAGAACGUCAAGCACGUCAAGCAGGGCGACCGUGUUGGUGUCGGCGCGCAAGCACGCUCAUGCCUUCAACCAGACUGUCCCGAUUGCUCGAACGGCAUCGAGAACCAUUGCCACCGCGAGACAGUAAACACUUAUGGCUCCAUCUACCCACGCGACGAGGGCAAAAGCUAUGGUGGAUACGCUACACACAACCGCACAAACGGACACUUCGUCCUAAGUAUCCCUGACGGCUUGGAUAGUGCGGAUGCUGCGCCGAUGCUUUGCGGCGGAAUCACCGUCUACUCUCCGUUGAAGCGUUAUGGCUGUGGUCCUGGCAAAACUGUCGGAAUUGUUGGAGUAGGGGGCUUAGGUCAUUUCGGUGUUCUCUUUGCCAAAGCCCUGGGUGCAGACAAGGUCGUCGGUAUAAGCCGCAAGGCUGAGAAGCGCGAUGACGUUCUCAAGCUAGGCGCUGACCUCUACGUUUCCACUGACGAAGAUAAGGAUUGGGCCAAGCACAACGCACAAACGCUCGAUCUCAUUAUAUGCACCGUUUCCAGCGCCAAGAUGCCUCUAGAUGGCUAUCUUAGUUUGCUCAAGACUCAUGGUACUUUCAUCCAAGUUGGAGCACCGGACGGCGGAGAGCUUCCUCCCAUCAACGCCUUCACGCUUCUUUCUGGUGGACUCAAGGUUGGAGGCUCUGGCAUCGGUGCCCCAUGGGAGAUCAAGGAGAUGUUGGAGUUGGCGGCUGAGAAGAAGAUCAAGCCAUGGAUCCAGAAGAGACCAAUGAAGGAUGCUAACACCGCGGUUGUGGACAUGGAGGCAGGAAAAGCGAGGUAUAGGUAUGUUCUGGAGAACUAA